AGCAAUUUUUUGGCUGGCAGCUUUUGCGCAAAACGCCCGAACGCACUGCUGGGUCACGAUGCAGGCAGACAGUUGUUGUAUGCGACUCUCUCUUGCUGAUGGUGCUGUUCAAAUUGUGGCCCGGAACACCUUCCUGGACGUCGACAUGGUGCCCCCCGACACACAGGAGCUGUGUCGCACCAAAAGCUGCCCAGCCCUGCUCAACUACAAAAAAGUGGAGCACCACCUUGACAUUGAGGAUGCCAAGACCUGGGCGAGGCUGACCACUGGAAGCACCCAGUGCCCAGAAGACACAGUGGGAGAGCAGCAUUUGUCAGAAUCCGAUGGUGAGGGAGGGGACGCUGACUGGCAGUCAGUUUCAACAGUCAUGAUCAAAAACAUCCCUUGCCGUUGCACGACGGAAGAGGUCCUCGCCGCAGUGGACCGUUUGGGCUUCGCAGGUGCCUACGACUUCUUUUACCUCCCGAUCAACCGUCGACAUCGACAGGGGAUUGGCUAUGCCUUCAUCAAUUUUCCGCAGCAAGGCGCCGCCGGUCUCUUCAAGAAGGCCCUGUUCGGUGGACGGCUGGAGGUGCUAGGAUGGAUGGGCAGGAUCUGGGCAAGUGACUUCAGAAGGGCUGGGUGCUUUGGAGUGUUCUUUUCUAGAUCAGGCAUUGGUUGUUUCCAGCUGUGUCCGCAUCGCCCAUGGCGCUCCCUGCGCUCCCCUCAUCCGUGGGCACGAGUCGUUUGCCGUGGUGUUUCGGGGUGAGCGACGGGCGUCGUCUAGCGAGGCGAUUGCUGGCUACCAGUUCCCCGGACGUAAGAGUCAGAAGGUAGUGCACGUGGCGAAGGCCCAGCUCCAAGGACGCCAGGAGGUGGAUGCUUACUUCCACCACACACAGGUGCUGCACACUCGCUAUGGACCAGUGAUGUCUUGAGUGCGCCGCGAAGUGCUGCGGGUUGUAGGGUUGAAAGCUGGUGACUGUGGC